AUAUGACCAGACACAUACCCCACUGGAGAUGGCUUUUAUGUUAAAGUUACAGUAAGGGUCUUUUUUUGAAAUCUCCAUUAGACCAAGCUCAUUGGCUGGAAAAGACACACGCAUGCACACAACAACACAGUGUCCAGCCGCAGAUAGCUUUGUGAAGUGACUGAGUGAAGACCAGUGCAAAGUUAGCUACUGACACACAGAGAGGACUUCAGAGUGACUGUGGGAGCCAACCAGAAAUAUGUCUGACAAAUUGAUCGAGUUGGAGGACAAUGCGACCCACACAGGUCCGAAAGGUGUCAUUAAUGACUGGAGGAGGUUUAAGCUGGAAAGUAUGGAUCCAGAGAACCUACCACCUGCGAAAAGGGAACUCCUGAGACAGAUGUCAUCCCCGGGCAGGCCAAAAGAUGACUCCAGAGCAAACCUUAACCGCAAGAUGAGUGUCCAAGAGUAUGAAUUGCUUAAGGAGGAAGAUGCAGGAUGUCUAAAGAAAUACAGGAAGCGUUGCAUGCAGGAGAUGCACGAUAAACUCAGCUUUGGGCCCAAGUUUGAAGGUGUUCAUGACCUGGACAGUGGAGAGGCAUUCCUAGAAGUGAUAGAGAAGGAGCAUUAUAGCACAGUGGUGGUCGUCCACAUUUACAAGGAUGGGGUCAAAGGGUGUGAUGAGCUCAACAACUGCCUUGACUGCCUGGCCACAGAGUAUCCGACUGUAAAGUUCUGCAGAAUUGAUGCGGUUGCUUCAGGUGCUUCAGAGCGCUUCUCAGACGAGGUUUUGCCUACGUUGUUGGUGUACAAGGCCGGAGAACUGCUAGGGAACUUCCUAGCCGCCACGCAGCAUCUAAACGAGGAGUUCUUCGCAACGGAUGUGGAGGCAUUCCUAAACAGCUAUGGCCUACUGCCAGAGAAAGAGCUGCCAGGAAUGGAAGAUGAGGAGGAAAAUGAUGUUGAGUAAACCAAGGGUGGGCUCCUGGGAUAGAAAGGAAGCACUCUCUAGGACGCAACAGAGAGCUGUGAAAGACAAUUUGCGGCAUAAGAACGAUUAUUUCUUUUGGUGAAGGCAAAUAGAAUAAUAUAACAUCUCCAUUAGCUCACAAGUGUUUGAGGUGUGUCGUCUGAGGGAGACAUUUUAUACCCAGGUGGUGAAGAAACCUUGAUAUCCCAGAUUUGGGUGCUCUCAGACAUGAGUGUGGGCUACUGCAGGUUGAGGAGAUGCUGUGUUUAUUAUUAUUUAUUGAUCAUCUCUGGCAAAUCACCUCACCAUCACUCAAACGGAAGCCAAAAGCAGUCAUAUAUAUAUAUAUCAUGUAAGAUUAUUGAAACUUUUGUAACAAUAGAAAAUAUUACACGCUUUAUGUUCUUGUAAAAUGUGAUAAUUCAAAUGUGUUUUGUAGCAUUUGAUGGUCCGAUAUACGUUACUAAUAACUCCGGGGUUCUUGCAUAGUUACAUCCACAUAUAUUCAUAUAUAUUUAAACAGGUGUAUGAUAAAUGUUUUUGUGGGGGUGGGGGUUAUCAAAACAAAAAAACAGAAAAACUUGAAAGAGCUAAACAGAACACAAACACUUCAGAAUCAAGAGGCCAAAGCACUCAAACAUGGAUGUGUAAACAUCUUUCCGGUCCAGCCUGACCUUUCAUUUCUUCUCCUGAGACAGUGUGGGGAGAGGUGCAUGUUGUGUCUAGAAUCAACAUGCAUGAGCUUUUGGUACCUUAACAUCAGUGAAGCAUUAAUGUGAUGUUCAUCCAUUAAUAUAAACAUUUGUGUUGGUUUUCUUUGUAUGAUAUGAAGUUAGCAAACAAGUCUUUGGCAAAGGUUGAGGAUUUGAUAGCUGAAUUUAUAUCUAUACACAUAUUUGAUUUUGGUAAGGGUUUGGUUACUGAUGGAAACUAUGUACUGGAAUAUGAUGAAACAUAACGUGAUAUACAUGUUACAAAACAAGAAUAAAGGAACAUAAAAUAACAA